AUGCGUGAACUCCGAUAUUUUGCCUGCUACGCGAAAGGCGGAGUCCGAGCGGCGCCGGACAUGAGCGGACGAUCGGUGGCGGAAGCUUGGUUGGCAAAGUCCCGCAGCGAACUCCGCAAGAAAGUCAAAUUGGAGCGAAACGUGAUGCCGUCGAGGGAGCCACCCCUCGAAGGCUCUCCGAAAGCCUUGAGGAUCUCGAUGCUAACGCCGGCGGCGAGGACAUGGCGGGGGAUGAAAGGUUCAAGCAGCCUGAAGCUAUUUUCUCGCUCUUUUUCCCAGCAAAUAUCACAAGAUCACACCUUUGUUCACUUUCCUUUUAUUGGUGAUGAACAUAUAGUCAGACAACAGAAUAAACAAGAAAGUGAGUAG